AUGCAGGAAUUUGAGAAGUCCCAGGAAGACAAUGUCACCCAGAAACUGUUGAAGUGUCCUAAAGAUGGUUGUGAUAAAGUUUUUACCAGUGUUCCUGGAUUACGCUAUCACACUAAGACACAUGUUGAGCCAGACAGAAGAUUCAUUUGUGAGAAAUGUGACAAAAGCUUCAAGAGUGCCAAUGGUCUAAAGUAUCAUCGAAGCAAGACCAAAGGUUGCGACUUGCCAGUCAGUGGUUAUCAACUGGAGAAGAGUGAUAAGUCAAGUAACAGUGAAGGAGACACUGAGGAUUCAGCCACAGAAGAUUUUACAUCACAGGAGAUGUCAGCUGAUGAGUCCCACAACUACCAUCAACACUUGCACAUGAAUGACAAAAACAGAGAAAACUGUGAUUCUGUGAACCUCACUGAAACGAGUGAUGAUCUGUGUGCCAUUAAGAGCAAACCACUACCUUUGCUGUUGUCAACAUUUAGUGAAAGUACAGUGGUAGCUACUCCUAGUACCACAUCUUGGGCUUUAAUGGAUGAUGGUUGUACCAGUGAUGUCAAUAAACUGCAGCAAUUGGCAAUUAUUGCAACAGGGCCAGAAAGUCCACUUCUCAAGCCUGAAACAAACCUGAAUCAUAAACGAGUUUGCUCUGAUGGAAGUGAUCCUCAAGUGACCUCUUCAUCUCCUUGCCCAACAUCAACAAAAGAACCCUGUAAAGAAAGUGGUACAUGGUCACAUACUUGGCCAACAACUGUCUGGCAGUGUUUCAUGAAAGGAGUGCAAAUUCAGUUUCCUGAAAAUACUUGGCAAACUGCAGAAGAACUUGCUCGCAUUGAACAACUUAGAAAAUCGUCAAGUGGCAAAGAGAACAGUCAAGAUGGUUAUGCUGCCAAGGGUUUACGUUUGGUGCGAAUGACUAAGAUAUUAGAAGAAGACAAAGACAGUUCAGGGAAAUCAUGGCAUCUUCAUCUUAAUAUGUCACCUGACCUCGACAACCAGUCUUCACUGCUUGCAAAGUGUGCACCAGACCAUCCUUUCUUCGUUUUGGAGAAAGGUUGGUCUUCAUACUCACCAGCAGUUACAGUGGAGCACUAUGGCAUUCCAUGUCGUAAACUGGAGGAAGAUGACAUUUGUCUACCUCCAUCACACCAUGAUGCCACAUUUACUCAUGAUGUGUUUGAAACUUUGCAACAGAGCCUGGAUUUCACCCCUUCAGAUUCAUCUGCAGUGCUGGCUUUGAGCAACAUGGCUAAGCAACGACGUGACCUUGAGCAAGAAAAUCUGGAAAGACGUAACCAAGAGAACCAAGCUAAAAAACAGAAUGCAAUAAAGACUGAUUCUCUAAAAGCCAAGCGUCCUAUGAAUGGAUUCAUGCUGUUUGCCAAAAAAAACAGACUGGAAUACACUCAAAUGUACCCUGGCAAAGACAACAGAGCAAUUAGUGUGAUGCUUGGAGACAGAUGGAAGAAGAUGAAGACAGAAGAGCGCAAGAAAAUCUGUGAAAAGCUGAUUGAAACUAUGUUGGUGAAAUUCCCAUUCUUCCAUGCCAACCUGGAGUACGUCUAUUUCCAUCUUGUGAGCACUAUAUUUUUUGGCUAA